AUGGAGGCUUCCGAGACCGCAAAGUCCAUUCAUCUUUCAGACGACACCGAAGAGGCCAUUCAUCUUUCCGACACCGAAGAGGCCAUUCAUCUUUCCGACACCGAAGAUAACGAAACUGACGAGCCUAUUGACCUUGAAGUGUCUUGGGAGGAUGUCUUAGACUACCGAAAGUUGACAGUUGAAGAUGUCAUGGCUAAGACGUUCAAAACACUAGAGGAAGCCGAGAAAUUCUAUUAUUCCUAUGCGUUGGCAAUUGGCUUCGGACCAAGGAAGGACACAAGAGGAGGAUUGUUUGAGGGUAAGCUUCGGAGGAGACAGUGGGUCUGCAACAAGCAAGGUUAUCGAGAUAAAAAGUGGCUCGAUCGCAAAACUGAUGGGAGUGGUCGUAAUCGUCGGAAGUUGGCAAGGCAAGGUUGCAUGGCGAAGUUCAGAGUGAAUUACAUGGUAGAUGAAGGCUAUUACGCGGUGAGAGCCUUUGAUGAAGAUCAUUCUCAUCAGUGUGCAAACCCACGGCAAGCCGCCUUCAUUCGUUCACACCGGAAUGUCGACGAAGCAGCAUUGGGAAAUACAAACACAAUGACCAAAGUUUCAAUCCGACCAUGUCAUGCGUUUGAGUAUAUGGUGGAGCAAUCAGGAGGGUACAUCACAGUUGGAUUCACAAGGAAGGACUUAUAUAACAAGCUCGACCAACAACGACGCACCACCCCUUUUGAAAGUGAUUCUGAAGGCGCUUUAAGCUACAUGAGCGCACUUGCAGCAAAAGACCCCCACUUCUACUGCCGAUUCAGUGUGGACGACGAAGAUAGAUUAGUCAACAAAUUUUGGCGAGACGGAAACUCAUAUGUUGAUUAUAUGUGUUGGGGGGAUGUGUUGGUAUUCGAUAGCACGUACAAUACAAAUGUUUACGGUAGGCCAUUAGUUUGUUUGUUGGGUCGAAUAAUCAUCGGGGGAGUAUCUUGUUUGGGGUUGGCAUUCUCGGGGAUGAAACUGCGGAUACAUAUACUUGGUUGUUGA